AUGUUAGACAGAGGUUUAAUUCAACCUAGUAACAGUCCUUGGUCCUCGCCAAUCGUGCUAGCUCCGAAGAAAGACGGUGAUUACCGGUUUUGCGUUGACUUUCGACGUGUUAACUCCGUAACAAAGAAGGACGCUCAGCCAAUGCCCCGUAUCGACGACAUUCUAGACCAGUUGGGGGGUGCACAUUACUUCAGUACCCUAGAUCUCGCUUCCGGGUAUUGGCAGGUACCGUUAAGAGAGGAAGAUAGGGAGAAGACUGCAUUUUCGGUGGGAGUAGACCACUACGAAUUCACGGUGAUGCCUUUCGGUUUAACCAACGCUUCCGCCACGUUUCAGCGCAUGAUGGGGAACGUCUUGAAGGGGAUAAAGGGGUGCCUUGUUUUCAUCGACGACAUAAUCAUCUUUUCCGAGACGUGGGAGGAACACCAGCUAAUUUUGAAAGAAGUAUUUAGUCGUAUUCGCGCUGCUGGGUUGAAAGUAAAGCGGGAAAAGUGCCAGUUCGCGCAAGAGUCAGUUAAGUUUCUUGGGCAUGUCGUAUCGGCGCGAGGGACCGAGCCUGACCCAUCGAAGGUUGAGGCGGUGCGAGACUUUGCAACCCCAUCUUCCCUUACCGAGGUUCGUGCAUUCAUCGGUAUGGCAUCUUACUAUCGAAGAUUUAUAAAGAAUUUCGCGGACAUCGCCACGCCCCUGCAUGACAUGACUAAAGGUAGUCAGCCAGAGUUCAACUGGACGCCAUUAGCGGACAAGUC